AUGAGGAUAGUCAGGGUGCACGGGGAGGCCAUCGUGAAGGGACACCGUGGAGAGGACGUAAAGCUUGACAGUGGUUGUGCGAUGCUUCGCUGGACCGGUGGAAGCAGGGCUCGAUCGUCGUUUCAGCAGCCCGCUGCUUCCUCUUACAGGGCUGGUUCUCAUGGCACGGACACCGGCGUCAACGUCGGCCGGUGCCACAACAUGCAUCGAUUCCAGCAGGUGACGACAUCGCAUGAGCGACGUUCGGGGCGUCAGCUUUCGUGCGAUGGUCGCAACGUGCUGAAGGGUUUCCCCAGAGGACCCCGUGAGAGCGGAGAUGCUUCUGUGCCAACCUCGCACGAGAGUGAUGACAGGCGAUCACUGACGUCAUCAACAAGCGACGGCGGAGAGGCCGGUGUGGAUUGCACGGCGUUGGAGUGGUCUGUAAAGGCUGCUGCCGCUGCUGCUGCGAUGACUGCGCCGCGGGAAGAAGCACCAGAGGGAUGGGCAGCGCCGGCGUGCAAAGUGGCUUUGCCGCAUUUGGGACUGGGGGAACACGCACUGGCGCUUGAUGCCCCGACACACCCUGAUUGUAACUAUGCCCCUGGGGAGUGCACUGUGGAGGCUCAGGUGGGGUCGGGGGGUGCGCAAUCCCGUUACUCUGGAUGUGGUGUGCCAUGCAUCGAUACGCGAUGGACGGAGGUGGCGAGUUCGCCACCGUUGCACGUGCCGGAAUGGGAAAAUGAGCUGGGACCUCCGUUGGAUGACACAACGUUGGCUCCGCAGGGGUGUUUCUUGUGGCAUUUACCCGAAUCUGCCGAGGAGUGGGAGCUGCAAUGCUGGAGUGAUUUUCCACCCCCUCUGAUGUGGGGAGGAGAGGUGCAUAAGGACCCAAUGAACACCUUUUUGGACCGUCAUACACCCUUCACCUCUUCCGGUCUGUAUCCAGAGGCUGACCAAACCAUUGUAUUUGCAGAGGAGCCCGUAACGGCAUUGACAAACGACGAAUUUUCGUGCGGACUCCUUUAUGAGGAGUACGGUGAGCCUGCAGCGGCAGGAGGGGGUGGCGGAGAGUAUGCCACCUGCGUUGCUUCUGACUGCUUCCCGCAUGCAGACACUACUCCCACGGCAGCAUCGCGCGGCUGGCGGACCCCAACCCACUGUGACAGGUACGCGGAACCGCUUCACCCGGCGGGCGGUGAAGGCACUAUGUUCCCUUCGACUUCACAGGGGCCGUUUACGGUUCGACGUUCAUUGCCGGAGUCCCCAGGCACACGACCCAGCGCGGCGUUAGGCCUCACCUCACUGCUAACCGGCGUGAACCAAGGUCAGACGAUACCUCAUGAGGAGUUCAGGGAGCCUUUCAUGCGAACAGGCCGCGGGAGGGGUGGGCAAGGUGCCGCGUGGUUCGAUUUGGACGCUUCCAUGCAGGAGCCGUAUAGGGCGCGACUUUAUCCUGGUUUCCAUCUGUCAGCCCCAGAGCCCCCAGCAGCGAGGGGAGGCAGGGCGAGAGGCACGGGACGAGGCUCACGACGCGGGCAGUCAUUGAACCUUUUCGGCGGCGUUCCCUCCGCGCGAUUUCAGGCGUUUCAGCGCCGUUACCGUAGGGGCUAG